AUGUCGGUUCCCCAACUAUUGAUUGAACCCCAACUCGCCAACCAAUGCGAAGAUGCAGAGGAACUUCACAUCUGGCGCCAAGGCCAAGUGUGUGCCCAGCUUUACCCGGACCAAGACAUCGUGUUCCGGCCAGUACCCAAUGGAGGAAUUGUCAUCCGAACUUUGCCUGCUUUUACCGGUAAACUUAAUCGGGCCGUGGGCUGUGGAAAGGAUGGUAAGAUUGACCAAGAGACUCUGACGGAGCUAGAGUCUCUGUUUGCCGGUAUCGGACUGGCCCCAGAGAUCCAUGUCAGUCCCUUUGCGAAACCAUCCACCUUGCAGUCUCUCAUCGCACAUGGAUAUGAAGAAAGGGGGGUGCUGAGCACAUAUUGGUGUCCUCUCGAGGACUCGGCAAAUGGCUCUACUCCAAUUGGCAAGCCGGGCACGGCUGCAGUGGAGACCCGACUGGUCGCUGCUCACGCCACGGAAGAUUUCAUCGAGUCCUCCAUCGCCGGGUUUCAAAGCAACGGCCGCCCCCGGGAGCUGCUGGGGGCACUCGCCAGGAUUGCGACUCAACGGGCAGACACGCAAUUGUUCGUCGCUCUAGUCGACAAUGAGAUUGCCGGCUCCGCUGCCUUGGCCAGCAUCGAGACUUCCGGCGGAGGCGUGGCGCAUCUGUAUUUGGACAGCACGUUGCCAGGCUUUCGGGGUCGAGGCGUGCAGCAAGCGCUGAUCCAGGCCCGUCUUCACGAAGCCCGGUGCAGGGGUCUGUCACUAGCAACGACCAUCACUCGCGUUGGGGACGGGAGUGCACGCAAUGCGGAGCGGGCAGGUCUGCGGAUUGCGUAUACCACGACGAUUCUCACUCGACCAGAGCUCCGGGAGAGGGACGAUACUCGUAACACCAGCCGUGCCCAAGAGGAGGAGAGAGUUAAGGAGUAG